AUGAAGAUUCUCGUUCGUCAUGAACCACGUACCAUUGCUGUGGUAUCCAAAACACAUGCUCUCACUUUCCAUCAAUUACAGCGGCACUCAGACAAUCAAGCUCACCCAGUAUCUAUCCAAAUAGAGACCAGCUCACAGAUCCUAAAAUCCAGAAAAUAUAAGCCUCUCAUUAAUAGAGAUAUACACGGAUGCCUAGGGUUGAUCGAUGUGGAAGGGAAAACCUAUUUGGCUGUCAUUACAGGGACCAUGACUGAUGUGGCUCAUCCUGUGCCCUAUGAAUCAGUCAACAAGAUUUAUGGCGUUGAGUUCAUCUCUUUGGCUUCAAGCGAAUGGGACUAUGUAAACUUAGAUUCGAAUGGGUUUCCAAUCCAGUCAGCUGAUGCUCAGGACUAUGACGCAAGAUUACCAAGAACACCUCAUCCAUGCUUCGAGUUAAAGAAGUUGCUUUCAAACGGGUCGUUUUAUUUCUCAAAUGAUUUUGACUUGACCUCGCUUCUACAAAAUAGGGGUGUCGAUAGGAGAAAGUUUCACAACUCUACUAAUGACUCUACAAGCAGCCAUAAUAGCUUCAAAGUCAACAUGCAACACUAUCAAGAGCAAUAUAUGUGGAAUUCGUUCCUCAUGGAGGAGUUGAUUGGGUUUAGAUCAACGUUGGACGAGUUCGCAAUAGAAAUAUUGAAUGAGAAUAAGUUUUUGACAACGGUCAUUAGAGGGUUCGCUAAGACUGUUCCUGUGAAUUCUCGUGGCGACACCAUCACCAUUGUUUCAAAGCAAUCCUGGAAAAGAGCAGGCACAAGAUUCAAUGCUCGUGGAAUCGAUGAUGACGGGCAUGUCGCCAACUUUGUGGAAACAGAAUUUGUUUACUGUAGUUUGACAAUGCAUCAAGUCUACGCAUUUACGCAGAUACGAGGUUCUGUGCCUGCCUUCUGGGAACAAGACUCCACCUUAAUCAAUCCAAAGAUCACGUUAACAAGAUCUAUUGAAGCAACUCAACCCAUCUUCGAAAAGCAUUUCGACGAAAUUUCGCAGACAUAUGGGGUAUGUCACAUUAUCAACUUGCUCUCAAAGACGAAAUCUCAAGAAGUGGAUGUACUGAGACGUUAUAGGGAUUUGUUACAUCACUCGCGUCACCGGGAGGAAGUUAAGUACAGCCACUUCGACUUCCAUGCGGAAACAAAACAACUGAGUGGGGGUUUUGCUGGUGCAUCAAAGAUUUUGCCUCAAAUUUAUGAAUCAUUGGAGCAAUUUGGUUGGUUCGAUUUCGAUGUGAAACAAGGAGAGGUUCUCACGAGACAAGACGGUGUGUUCAGGAUUAACUGUUUGGAUUGUUUGGAUAGAACAAAUUUAAUCGAACAAGUAAUUUGUCAAUGCAUUUUGGAGCAUAUCCUUAAGAACCAAUCCUUCGAUACGCAUAACUCAACUCGUGAAAGGUUUAACCAUGAACAUAUCAUCAACAAGCAUAACUCCUUAUGGGCAGAUAAUGGAGAUGCAAUUUCUCAAAUUUACACAGGAACUAACGCUUUGAAAUCCUCUUUUUCUCGGUCUGGAAAGAUGAAUUUUGCAGGUGCUCUCUCUGAUGUGACGAAAUCCGUGUCAAGAAUGUAUCAGAAUACAUUUGUGGACUCAAAAAAACAAUCGACUAUGGAUUUACUUUUAGGAAAGGAUGGACGUUUAUCUCGACCUGUUAAGAUUUAUGACCCAAUCAAUGAAUUUGUUCAAGAUCAAUUGAAACGCAAUGAGCCACUGUUUACAACAUACAGUAACAUUAAAAUUUUCACGGGCACCUUCAAUAUGAAUGCUGCUUCUCCAAAUCUGAGAGUCGAUCUCACAAGUUGGCUUUUUCCGCCCGAGAAUUACAAUAAUGGUACUCCUGACCUUUAUGUCAUUGGGAUGCAAGAACUUGUUGAGUUAAAUGCUGGAUCUAUACUCAAUGCAGAUGGUACAAAAUCAAGCUUAUGGGCCAAGGUGAUAGAGGAACAACUCAACUCGCAAGGCGAACAAUAUUCACUUCUUAGAACAGAAUCUAUUUCAUCAUUGUGUCUUCUACUCUUCGUGAAGAAGUCACAAAUGAAAAAUGUAACUCAUGUUUCAGGUUCUUCGAAAAAAACUGGUUUCGGGGGUAUCACAGCUAACAAAGGCGCUUGCGCUGUGCGGUUCGAAUUUGCCUCCACCUCAUUUGCUUUCAUUACGUCACAUUUAGCAGCAGGUGUAAAUGCUACUAUGGAAAGAUACAACGAUUAUGUUUCUAUCAUGCUGGGUCUUACGUUCACACGCAAUUUCACCAUUGAUGAUCAUGAUCACAUUGUUUGGCUAGGUGAUUUGAAUUAUCGUAUCAACCUUCAAAAUGAUAGAUGUCGUUACUUGAUAGAGAAUGGUGCUUUUGAUGAAUUAGCUCAGUUUGAUCAGUUAAAUCGUGAGAGGCAGCUAAAGAGUGGCGCGUUUUGCGGCUUCGAGGAACAGGAGAUCAAGUUCUAUCCAACUUAUAAAUUUGAUAAAGGAACUUCAAACUAUGAUACAUCCGAAAAACAGCGAGUCCCUUCUUGGACGGAUAGAGUCCUUUACAAAAGUAACAGAGGUAAUGAGAUGACUUCAAUGAACUACAACAGUGUCAUGGACGUUUUUGUUAGCGAUCAUAAACCAGUCUACAGCACGUUUUUGUGCAAAGUGAAAUUUGUCGACUCUUUGAAGAAAAAGUCAUUAGCGAAAGAAUACUAUGAGAAGUAUAAGUUGGAGAAUGGUGAUAAUAAUGAGAUCGAUAUUAUGGGAAAUGGAAGUGGAAGCACUUCCUCCCUGACAUCAAGAGGUUCCACUUUCUCUAUGGAUGUUUUGUCGGAUUUAAACUUGCUUGAUGAUGUAUCUUCUUCGGCGCCAAAGUUACCGGUCCGUCUGCUGUCCACAACUAGUACCCUUCCAAGAAGAGUUCCUCCUCCUCCAAUGAGUCGUAAAGUGGUGUCUGACGUUUCGGAGAAAUUACUGUCACCAUCCCAUCGCCUGUCUCACUCGCCAAGUGCCACGCGCAAUACAGAUAGUCCAUCUGGAUCCAUAAAUCCUGAGCAUCAUACGUCACCUGCUCCUCCUCCGCCUAGAAAUACUUCAAAGACGACUAUGCAUCUUGCAUUCAACGCAGCGCCUCUCAUCCCGAGUAACCCAUCUACUCCGCGUGCGAUGUCGCCUCAAAACAGCCUGUCUCCUAUGACAGCGAACGGUGUCGCUUUAAAGCCGAUGAAACCAGCUAAACCUCCAUCGCUUUCGUCACCUCAUACAAAAGGAACUUCCCCCGAGUCGAAAACAUCUCCAAAACAUUACAGACCAUCGCCGCUUCCAUCUGGGAUGAAUCCUAGUAAAGCAUCUCCGGAAACUUCAGGCGUCAAAGGUAUGUCUGAUUGGAAACCCUUGGCUCCUCAAUAA